AUGUCAAUGCAAAUAACUUCAACAAAUUAAAAAUAAUUUUGAAAUGUUUUUCUUCUUGAGAGUAAUUGUCACAAAACGUUUGCCAUUAAAAUUGUUGCCACAAAAUAAUGAAGAAUUCUUUAGAUAAUCCCAACAAUAACAAUAAUACAGAAUUAACAACAAAACAAAAAUUAAUAUUUUUCACAAUAGGUUUUGGCGCAGCAUUAAUCAUUUUCGUAUUUAUAAGUCUAACACAAAAGCAGCACACGGAAGAGUCUUGAAAAUCUCGGUCAUUCGCAUUUUCAAAGUCAGGCAGACAGACAGACAGCGAUAAUAGCAAUAAUGUCUGAACCAAAUGAAACAAAGAAACCGGCAACAAAACCUGCAUUGUCAUCGGAUUCGGACGUGUUUGUCAGUGCCAUCUCAGAUACAGCAGACUCUUCAAGCUCUCAACCUCAUGUAUGUAGCGAUGAAAUAUCUUCAAGACCAGAAGAUUUCAAAGAAACGGCAAAAGAUGUGUUUUUGAGUCCGCUGUCCGACACAGACAGUUCCACAAAUUCCACUCAAGCUGUUAUAAGCUUACAAAAUGUAAAAGAACCAAUUGAGGGAACCUCUAACCAAAACCUUCCAACCACCACCCAGGAACAAGCCAUACAAACCCAGGAAAUUUCCCUAGACUCUAUUAUGUCAACAUCUGACAAUGAUGAAGAUCAUGAAAUGCCAUCAUCUCUCCACACUAUUGUGUCCAAAAACUCUUCUCAGUCCCAAGAGAGCAACUUAUCUUUGGAUGUCAACGAACAAUUUCAUCGAAGAACAAUUUAUGGACAUGAAGAUCAAGAUAAUUCUUCAAAUCUGCCAAAAGAGGUCGAGUUGCCUUCCCCUGUUAUCUUUCCAUUAUCCUCACAGCAGAUCUUAAAUCAAUACAGACGUGUCAAUCUACCGCUGCGUUACAGCGUUGAAUAUUGCCGCAUGGAACAACGAUUCUCUCCGAGAACAUUAGCCGAAAUAUACGAUGAUGAGCUGUUUAGUUAUUAUGACAAACAUGGCGAAUCCACGAAGAUCAAAAUGAAUCAUAAGGAGGGGAUUCUUUGUUGCUUCAUUACCGGUUUGGCCAUUGCUCUAUUGGUUUUAACAGCAUUUAUGUUGACUCUGUUAGUGGAACCAAUUGUUGAAAUAAUGAAAUCAGCCAGAAGGUCGUUGAAAUAAAUCAAGACUACAAAUCUCUUCAAAUUCGCCAAGUAUUCAUUCAUUCUGCUCAAAUUAUGUGGCUAAUAAAAACAAUGUAAUUGCUUUAAAUUUUAUAACCAUGUUAAUUGAACUGGCCUUUGGCAAAAAACAAAGAACUUGUUAUCUUCUCAAUGACAACCUUGACACUGUUCUGAAAUUAUGCGUAGCCUGCAGAACAGCUGAACGUGUUUUAUUAUACGAUUAAGGUUUUGAUUCGCAUCAUUUAAGGUUUCGAUAUUUUAUUAAAAUUCUUAAGG